AACCUAUCAAGUUUAGUAAUCCAAACAAUAUUGGAUAUAAACCAUCCACACCAAAACAAUUUAACCUGAAGAAGCGAGAAUAUGGACAAGAUAAUAAAUAUCAAGAAGAGAUUCGCAAAAGAACCCGUAAACUCAAAUUAUUUGAAAAACUCCAUAAAAAAUUCAGAAACAAAGAAAUCCAUAAUCUAGAACAAGACCCAGAAUAUAAACAAUAUCUAGAAUUAUGCAACUCCUAUCAAGAAUUAUUUCAUCUAGAAGAAAAUGAAUCUGCUUCUGAUACCGCACUAAGUGAUGGCAAGCUAAGUAGCAAGAUAAGUCCACAUCUGGCCAAAAAAGGAGGACAUAUUCUUAGAAGUAAUGAAUUACCUAAUUCAUCUGAAUCUGAGGAUACCAGUAAUGCAGAGAAGUCAGAUUCUGAUAAAUCUAAUAAAGUAUUCAGCUCAGAAAUUUCAUUAGAAAUUACCAACCCGAAUGAAUUUGAAAAUCCAGGUGAACAAAAAGGAAAAGGUGCCCAACAAGCUCAAACACACAUCGAUAAAAUGAAAAAUAUCGAUAUACUAUCACAAAAUCUUAAAGAAACUAAGUCACACAAGACAGCACAAGAAAAAUUAUUUGAAAUCAUACAGUGGUAUGACCAACAAACUGAUGAAACACAAAGAACAUAUAAUAAGGAUUUAGAAAAUGAAGAAACACAGUAUAUCGAAAAUACAGAUGAUGCUCUUGAUAUAAGGCUAGAACAAUAUAUAAACUUAAAAGAACCUUAUAGAAGAGCUGUUAUGGCUAAGUUAACUACCAUAGCCAAUAUAAGUAAAAAUGAAGAAGAAAGAAAAAGAGCUAAUAGCAGAUGGGGAGAUAAUGCUGCAAUAGAAGUAUCUGAAGAGAGUAAAGUUAUAAAAACCAAAAGAAAGACACCUAUACAACAUAAGCAUUCUAAUAGUAAUGCAAGUAUAACAAGUGAAGCUGGAUCUUCAUGGAGUGAAGAUUCUGCAGCUGAGGAUAAGAAGUUUCAAGAAGAACAAGAUAAAGUUAUAGGACAAGUUCUUAAACAAUGA